UUUCCCGAACGAAAGACCUUUCAAUACAAUUAUUACACCCAUUUGACCGAUACGACAGCUCUUACUCUCCUCUUCGAAUAUGACAAUUGCUCAUCCAAGGUGUUUGACUCGAUCAAAUCUGCCAUCGGAAAGAUCCCAGCGCCCAAAACUCCUUUCGAACCGGACGCGACGAAGAAAGCUAGCACGACGCCAAACGUCGAUCUUCGAGCCAAAUUCUUCAUGGUCCGAUCAGGUGUCCUCGGCGCCAUUCACCGUGCCAGACCUAGAGAAGCAUCUCUCGCUCCUUGGUGUCAAGGCCAACGGGCAUUCCUCGUCUGUCCGACCAUCUCGCCUGCGUAUCUUGGAAAAGUCCUCGGAGCAGUCAAUAAAGUCAUGAGGGAUGUGUCUAAACAAGCAGAGUCAUCCGCCACGAAGAAAGUACCUGCCCUCAACCUUUUAGUCGGAUUGGCGGAUGGAAAUCGAGUCUUGCCAGCGGCACAAAUUCAAGCUUUGACCAAGGUCCCGGAAUUGGACACGUUGAGAGCUCAAGUGGUGGGCAUGCUAGAAGGCCAAGGAAGGAGCUUGGUUGGCGUAUUGAGUCAGGCUGGAGGCGGGGCUUUGUUCAGGACGUUGCAAGGGUUGGAGGCGGGUAUGAAGGAGGGUGCAGGCGGCGCG